GAUGAUGAUGAUGAUGACGAUGAUGAUGAUAAUAAUGAUAAUGAUGCUGAUGACAAUGAUGAAGGCUUGAGGAGCAGCAGCUGCAGCAGAGAGACUGAGCGAGACAAAGACAAUAACUGUUUACUCAUGGAACAAGAAGGUAAAAUAUGGGCUUCAAAGUGACUGCUACUGAAUGGUGACUGACUUUCACUGUGUGUGUGUGUGUUUGUGUGUGUUUGUGUGUGUUUGUGUGUGUGUGAGGGAGUGAGUGAGUGUGAGGGUGGGUGGGGGGCAGAGUGUGCAGAUGGGAGAGGAAGUGGUAGGGGGACUAAACCUUGACUUACUCAAAGAGACAAAAGCACAGUCUCAGGGAAGGAUAACACUAUUAAUCUGCCUGGCACACACAAACACACACAUAAAAAACAAGCACACACACGCAUAAACGCAUAAACACACACACCAGUGGAGGCUCCUCAGAUGAGGAAGGGAAAACAUUAAAAAAGUUAACAUUUUUAGAUAAAACUAUACUAAAUGUAUUCACGCCAUCAAAUACCUGAUAAAAAAAACAUUGUUUUGCAAUGAAGGUCUACAGUAGUCUUAACAGCACCUUCUAGGGUAGCACCAUGGUGUAGCUGGAGGACAGCUAUUUUCUGUCCUCCUCUGGCUACAUUGACUUCAAUACAAAACCUAGGAGGCUCGUGCUCCUCACCCUCUUCCAUAGACCUACAUUGUAAUUAUGAUGACUCCGGAGGAGAUCCUCCAACCAAUUAAAGCUUUUGCAGUAUGAACUAACAUGUUGUCCAUCCCAUCAAUGUACAUGGAAAGAGUGCUAAUUAAAACCGAGGGUCGACCUCUGCCUGACAUAAUUUCAUGAAGAAGGAUGAGAAAGUGAGGCCAUUCAAUACCAACAGCUAUCAAAAGUAUAGCUGGCUAACAGGGAGCCUUUCAUCAAGCCGCCUGUAUUGCUGGCCUUGCCUGCUUUUUGGGAAAGCCUUGGGGAAAAGUGUGGUACUCUGACCUGAAGAACAUGGAUCGUUCAAGGCAUAACAAAAGUAGGGAGCAUACUGUAUUUGCAAAUGCCCACAUCAGAUUCAAGCUUCUGGGAAAUGGAUGAAACCACAGACAUCAGCUGUCGCUCGCAGUUGUCAGCUAUCGUCAGGUAUGUGGAUGAUCAGGGCUUUAUUCAGGAACAUUUAUUGUGCUACUUGUGUGAAGUGGGCAAGAUGUGCAGUCUGUGUUUGACUUUGUGAAUUCUGGAGAAACUUGUCCAAACCGCUGUAAUGGCUUCGGACUUAAAUGGCCUGCAGGCAAAAGUUAUAGAAGUAGCUCAGAGUGCCACCUUUGUGCAUUGGUAUGCACACCGGCUCAAUUUAGUUCUGAGUCAGAGCACUAAGUCCAUUCCCAAAGUUACGUUUUUUUUUUGCGACACUGGGCGGUUUCAUCACCUUUUUUUUGUUUGUUGGGGGGACCAAGAGGUUGAUGUUCCGUGAACAGGCUGGAUGUGCACGCUUGCCGGAAAAGAGUACCCUACCAUGGAUGAUAAUACUGUGUCGUGUGCAGAUGGGUUCAAGGCAAAGCUGGAAUAUUUGUUAUCUUUACUUCUCACUUUUGAGGAGAUGUUUGCUCACACAGAUGUUGUGUUUGACAUAGUGCAGCAGAAAGCCAUGGAUGUGGCGAAGAAUAGAGAAUCGGACAAGCACAAUGGAAGAGCACAAGUCUGAUGUAGCAUUCAGUGCCAUAUAUGAGUAUGCAGCAAGCAAGAUCCUGAGAGGAUGCACAUGAGGUGGCGUCGGCAGGGCACAUGGAAUGUAAGGCUCACCUACAAGGUACUGUAUGACUCAAUUCAAGAUAACAUCAAGUCUCAGAUAGCACAGAGGUACAAAAGCUGGGACAGCAUGUGA